UGCCGUCACUGUAGCACUGCUGCAUCUUCCGCUGUGUCGCAGCGCGGUUAUUAACCAGAGCUGUGUUUUGAAGUUGAAAGCUGGUCGACUGAAGAUGAAUGUGAUCGAUCAUGUGCGGGAUCUGGCCGCGGCCGGGCUGCACUCUAAUGUCCGGAUCAUCAGUAGUUUACUCCUGACCAUGAGCACCAACAACCCGGAGCUUUUCUCGCCGUCUCAGAAGUACCAGCUGCUGGUGUAUCACGCUGAUGCUAUUUUCCAUGAUAAAGAGUACAGGAACGCAGCCUGUAAGUACAACAUGGCUUUACAGCAGAAGAAAGUGAUCAGCAAAACAUCUAAAGUGCGUCCAUCCAGCACAGGCUGCACAACAUCUGCUCUGCAGGCGCAGAACUUGCCAUCAGAGAUUGAAGUGAAAUAUAAAAUCGCUGAGUGUUACACUAUUCUGAAGCUGGAUAAAGAUGCCAUAUCAGUGCUGGAGGGGAUUCCUUCACGCCAGAGAACGCCAAAGAUCAACAUGAUGCUGGCGAAUCUUUACAGAAAGGCCGGUCAGGAGCGCUCAGCUGUAACCAGCUAUAAGGAAGUGUUGAGACAGUGUCCUCUGGCUCUGGAUGCUAUUAUUGGGCUUCUGUCUCUGUCGGUGAAGGGGGCAGAGGUCGCUUCCAUGACGAUGGACGUGAUUCAGAGCAUCCCGAAUCUUGAUUGGCUGGCUGUCUGGAUUAAAGCACAUGCUUUCAUACAUGGAGGAGACAAUCAGAGAGCCAUCAACACUAUCUGCUCUUUGGAGAAGAAGUCACUCUUGAGGGAUAACGUUGAUCUUCUAGUCACUCUGGCGGAUGUGUACUUCAGGGCUGGAGACACCAAGAACUCCAUCUUGAAGUUUGAGCAGGCACAGAUGCUUGACCCCUACCUGAUCAAAGGUAUGGAUGUAUACGGCUAUCUGAUGGCCAGGGAGGGUCAUCUGGAAGAUGUGGAGGUUCUCGGAGGACGGCUGUUCAACAUAUCGGACCAGCAUGCUGAGCCCUGGGUCAUAUCUGGAUGUCACAGUUUCUACAGUAAGCGUUACUCUCGUGCCCUGUAUCUGGGAGCUAAAGCCAUCCAGCUGAACAGCAACAGCGUGCAGGCGCUGCUCCUGAAGGGGGUGGCGCUGAGGAACAUGGGCCGAGUGCAGGAAGCCAUCAUACACUUCAGAGAAGCCAUGAGACUGGCGCCCUGUCGUCUGGACUGCUAUGAAGGUCUGAUUGACUGCUAUCUUGCCUCUAAUGGUAUCCGGGAGGCUAUGGGAAUGGCCAACAAUAUUUACAAGACCCUGGGAGCGAACGCCCAAACUCUCACCAUCCUGGCCACAGUGUGUCUGGAAGAUCCCAUGACCCAGGAGAAGGCCAAGACACUGCUGGACAAAGCCCUCGCUCAGAGGCCCGACUUUAUCAAAGCUGUCGUCAAGAAAGCAGAGCUCCUCAAUCGAGAACAGAAGUAUGAGGAAGGAAUAGCACUUCUACGGAACACAUUAACCAAUCAGAGCGACUGCGUGCUGCACAGGAUGCUGGGGGAUUUUCUUGUGGCUGUUAAUGACUAUCAGGAGGCCAUGGACCAGUACAGUAUAGCGCUAAGCCUUGAUCCGAAUGACCAGAAGUCUCUGGAGGGCAUGCAGAAGAUGGAGAAGGAGGAGAGUCCCACGGACGCCACGGUGGAGCUGGACGGUGACGAUAUGGAGGGCAGCGGGGAGGAGGGAGAUCUGGAGGGCAGUGACAGCGAGGCAGCGCAGUGGGCCGAUCAGGAGCAGUGGUUCGGCAUGCAGUGACCCUCAGCACUCGCUAAGAGACUCUGGAGCUUCAGCACUAAUACACACGAUUCACACUUAAUGUGUUUUCCAACAGUAGUUAAACAUCAUGGGUUUCAUGUUUUUUUUUUUUUUUUCUGUUUUGGGCCAAAUACAGGACUAGGUAACUAUGCUACUUAUUUUUUUUUUUUAUAAAGGUGUCAAACCUGUCAUUUAUUUUGCAUGCUCUGAGCUUUUUUUUUCCCCCCCAGUAAAAGUGAUGAUUGUUAAAGAGGCAUCUUUUAAUGAACCACAAUCCCACAAAAUCUGAUCUUGUGUGUAAUAAACAUGUCAAAGUCAUAUUUCACACCAAAAUCGAAAAGAAAAUUUGUUCCUGUUAGGAAUUUUCCACAUUAGCACGUUUCAGCCAUUUUCUUUACUGCAAUGUUAUUUUUACAUUUGUUUAACACUUAUUCAAAGUGGGGAUUUCCAUAAAAGGUAGCACUGCAUUAUCUUAUUUAAUAAAAAAUAAUAUAAAUACAUUAUAUAUAAAUAAUAUUUGUUGUAUUAUUAUGCAAGUGGUUUUAUGCCUUUUUUUCUCAUUUAUUUUGAUUUGGUCUGAAUAUAAACCAGACACGUUCUUGAGCAUGUAAGCGACGCAGUCAUCAAUUUCUGUAGCCAUAUGUGCAUUUUUUUUUCUUUCAGUGUUUGUCUUUUAAUGUUUCUAUAUUGUUGUAAAUAAGACUAUUUUUAAAGGUUUUGGAAAUAAAAUCAUGGCAUGAAAAAUGUUGACGUAUUCACUUUUACUAAACAGAAUAUCUCUUUUCCAAAUACAAAAUAACUCCAGCAUUGACAGGGUGAAGAAAGAGCAGUAAAACCAUGUAAUAUCAUUUUAUUAACCACAAGUCAUUGUGAUAAUUACAACACUGAUUCAGCAGCACCCGCCCUCCGUUGUCAUGGGAACUGCUGGAAAAGACCGCCUGUCUCGCAAUGUCACACAUACACACCUAACACCUGAAAUGAGCCUCUGCUUUAAACCAUAUUGCACAUCCCUGUGCAAAGCAACAAGAACAAUCAGUUUUGGUUAAUUUACAUAUCUCACAAAAGAUCUGAGAAAAACGAUGCCUUUUCUCACUAAUGACAUUUUUUUUUCCAACUACUGCAGUGCUAUACAAAAGUUUCUAACAUAAGGGGACAUGCACCAUGAGAACUGCUGUAAUGUUACAUUUUAAGAGUAUUUUCAAAUUUCACUGGGUUUGACCUGAGCGAUCUGGUCUCAAAUCAUUUUUUUCCACUCCUAAUGCUUGAGCUUCUUCUAAACUAAUGACGCAAAUGCUUCGGUUUAGCACAGUUGACAUGCAGGCCUAGAAAGAUGUGUGGAGCUGCUGAAAACAACACAUGCACUAAAGUCACGAAAACCUCACAGCUUCUGCAAGGAAUACAGAGAGCAGAGCAGCUUAAUCAUCCCGAGCUGGAGAGAGAGAGAGAGAGA